UGUAGGUGUUUCAUUGUAGAAGCUUCAUAGUGAAAUGUCUAAGUAAGACAAAAGAGGUCGCUACAAGUCGUACGUAAAGUUUCCAUCCAAGUCAAAUAGUUUCGAACGAUAUACUAUACAGAUCACAACAAAGUGAAAAAACUGUCAGUCGUCGGCGGUGGAGUCGCUAGCGAUAAUAUUUUAGUGCGGUUUCUAAAUCAAUAGUAAUCAUGGCACACAAGGUUGCAGGCCAGAAGAGUGGCAAUGCAGCUGCUUCCUCCACUGCCGCUGCUUCAUCUCUCAGCCUGGCAACAGUUCUCCACAACUUCCAGGUCGAUUACCAGAAGAACACACCUAAGAGACUCAAGAUGGUUGAUGCUUACCUGCUAUACAUACUCCUGACCGGGGUCAUUCAGUUUGCCUACUGCUGCCUGGUUGGAACAUUCCCUUUUAAUUCGUUCCUCUCUGGCUUCAUCUCUACUGUUGGAUGCUUCGUUCUUGGAGUGUGCAUACGGCUGCAGGCUAACCCCCAGAACAAGCAGCAGUUCGACUCCAUCUCUCCCGAGCGCGGCUUUGCAGACUUCAUCUUCGCGCAUAUCGUCCUGCACCUCGUCAUCGUCAACUUCAUCGGCUGACUCUCCGGCAUCGUUUCCUUUGUAUUGUUUUUGUUUUGGAUUAUGAUUUAUUUAUCAUUCCAGUGUUAUCCAACUACAGAAAUUGUUCUAAGAUCACUCCAAUUAAAUUCUUUGUCGUUAAAACACCUUUCUUGAGAACAUUUAGAAAUAUUUUCAUAGUAUACAUCCAUUGUUCAAGAUUGCCUCACGGCCGUUGGUUUUCUGUCUUAUCGGCAUCAAAUUGAGAUAUUUUAAGGACAUCUGGAAACGCUAAUUUUCUUCAAUAUUAUAUUCAAUGUACGAAACUACGUUAUUUUUCCUGAGAAAGUUAUACAAAAUGUGCAAUUAUACUUAUCUCCGCCAAUAUCUCAAUAAUUUUUGCUAACAUCGCAAUUUUGGGUUGACAUGCGAAGCCGUGAAGCCUGGUAUCGAGUCUCCAAUAAUUGACAUGCAGUUACUGUGUGCAGGACAAGUCUGAGCCUUUAAAGUUGUGGUGUUCCUGUGCUUUUAUCAGGGAGUUGAAGUUUGUUAA